AUAACUAGCCUAGGCUAGCUAGCCAUCUUGACAAGAAUGAGGGAGGUAGCUGUUCGGAAUUUCAGUUCCCUGAAGUGUAAACUAGAGACGAUUUAUUCUUGGAAAUGGGUUACAUAUACCUUUGAAACGAGUGUUAGUAUUGAAUCGUUUUAAGUUCGUAAGUCAAGAGGGGAGAGGUAACUUGUUCCGAGAGAUGUCUUACAUACUUGUCCCAACGUAAAGGGAGUGUUGUUGUAGCCAGCUAGCUAGUUGAGUGGAGAGGUACGGGCCCGCUUCACAGUCUAAAGUAGCUGCCGCAGCUGGGCAACUAUCUGCGACAGCCGCCAUCUGACAACUACGGGGUCCGGACAUUACUUUACUGAACAGGCCAGUACGGACGGAUCAAAGCUUUGGAUCAGUUAUCGAAUUACUACUUCUAUUGGCAAACGCUGGACUUGGAAGGGUUGGUCUUCAAUGUUAUGAACUCGUAAAAUGCAACAGGAGACGAGAGGAGGAAGGAACAAGGAUGACUCAUACUCCUCUUGAUAAUAGUUUAAAAAACUUCCAUCGAUGCAAAUUCGCUGUUUCAGAUAGCCAGUUGUCAGCUGAUAUUAGCUAACUCACUUGCUUUUAACGCGAGACAUUUAGACGGGAGUUGUGAACGCAGGCUCUCAAAAUGUCUAAAAUGCCGGCUAAAAAGAAAAGCUGUUUUCAGAUCACAAGUGUGACACAGGCUCAGGUGGCGGCCAGCAGUGCCACGGACGACACGGAGAGCCUGGACGACCCAGACGAAUCACGGACUGAAGACGUGUCGUCGGAAAUAUUCGACGUGUCCCGGGCUGACUUCGAGCCGGAGGUAUGUGAUCGAAGUUCGUCUGAGGAAACCCUAAACCAUGUAGGGGAGCAAGAGGCACCUGGCGUUAUGGUCCCACCGCGUAGUGUACCUAAAGUUGGGCAGAUACCUGCAAUGUCGGGGCCUCCAAAUGAAGGUUUUGCUAUUCGAAAGGCAGGAGUGGCAGGCUCGCCUCAUGUUAGCCAGCAAACACUGGGAAGUGGUUCGUCAAGCGGCCUCCCUAUUGCUCAGUCCGGGCUCAUGCCACAGCCUGCCCCAGUGGCCAGUUGGGGGGCUACAACAGUGUCAGUGAGCACAUCCCAGCCAGUAGUGACUAGUUUAACCCCUACUUUUGCUAUGUCAUCGACAGCAAGUUGCAGUUCACGUUUCAGGGUCAUCAAACUUGACCAUGGUACUGGAGAGCCCUUCAGAAAGGGCCGAUGGACUUGCACAGAGUUCUAUGAGAAAGACUCGGAGGGUAACACUGUGGUUAACAGGACUACGGAUAACAUUAGACAUGCCAAUGCGUUUGACCCCAGUGCUGACAGGGACAGUGGGCUGGGGUUGACGGGUGGUACGGUGGUUGCACCGUCGAUUCACUCCGGCCAGGGCCUAGACUCCAUAGUGGAUGCUGCUGCUCUUAAUGCCUUGCACGUUCACCCAAUGGACACACUGCAGCAGCAGCCUCACCACCAAAACUACAACAUGGGGCAGCCUGGAACAGCCACACACAACACUUUCCCCACCAACAACCUCAUGGCUGUCCCAGGUCAGCAGCCAACGCUGAGUACUAUCCAACCUGCUGCCAACCAGAACCUCUUUCCUGUGGGGCUCAACGGUCUUCCUCAAAGUGGAAUUCACAUACAGAAAUCCCCAAGCAUGACCCCUGCAGCCCAGACCCAGACGCUUGCUUACCCUCCCCAGCAGCAGGCCAUGCUACAGCAGCUUCCACUGGGACAGCACCUGCCCAACCAGCCCCCAGGCCUGCCCCAGAACCAGGCAGACUACUACCAACAGAACCAGCCGGGCAUGCAGGCAGUGGCCUCAGCCGGCCAGACCCUCUAUGUGGGACAAACUGUGGGUCAGGGCCCUUCACUGGUCAUGACUCCCGCCACUGGGGUUCCGAUGCUGGGGCAGGUAGGGGAGAUGGCAGCAGUGGGGGGGGGGGGUUCUUUACCUGUCAGUCAGCCAGCUUCAGGCCUGAUGGGUGGAGGUGUGGGAGGUGUUGGGUCAUCCAUGGUACUGGGCGGAAGCGCUACUCUGCAACAGCUUGUAGGUCAGUAUACCCCCACGGGUAUUCGUCAACCCGUCGGCCUCCACCCUUCGCCCCCCGGCACCCAAAACGUGCCCACCAUUGUGCCCAGUGCCUCCAGCGCCACCACAUUAGCCCCCACCGCCAUGCCAAACCUGACUGCCUCCUUGUUGCCCGGGCAACAGGCCCGCGAUGGCAGGGGGGCGCAGGGCCUCCCGGCAGGGUUCAGCCAUGUGGAGGAGGGCCAGCCUCCCGCCUUCUCUGAGAAAAACCUGAUGAAGAUCCCUGAGAGCCUGCAGCUGGCCAACAACCCCUCUGUGAACAGCCUGUUUGGAAUAGCCAUAGACGAGGACAGGACCCCCUCCAUGGUGUUCUACCGGGCCUUCCAGUCUGGCAGCAGGCUGCAGGACUCUAAGGCCCACAGUGAUAGUGCCUCUGGAGCCAGUGUUGUUGCCAUUGAUAAUAAAAUCGAACAGGCGAUGGACUUAGUGAAAAGCCAUCUGAUGUAUGCAGUGCGUGAGGAGGUGGAAGUGCUGAAGGAGCAGAUCAAGGAGCUGUUUGAGAGGAACUCUAUGCUGGAACAGGAGAACGCCGUGCUGAAAUCCCUGGCCAACAGCGACCAGCUGUCUGAGCUCUCCGUCCGUCCGCCCGCCACAAACUCCUCCUGCAGCACGCCUCCCCAGCAAGGGGUGGGCCAAGGCCAGCCUCAGCUCCAGGCCCAGCCUCAAACGCAGCCUCAGCUCCAGGCCCAGCCUCAAAUGCAGCCUCCGCUCCAGGCCCAGCAAAUACAGCCCCAACCCCAGCUUGACGCCAGCCAUCCUUUGCUGCAACCGCAGCCCAACGGCAACUCCGCUUGAAGUGCAUCCUCCUCAGCAGGAGAAAAAAAAGCAGAAAAGCACCCUCCAAUUAUUCUAAAUUAGCAUACGAAACAACAAAAUAAUUAUAUUGUCUUGUUCUCCACCAGCUUGGCCAUCACAACCAAGAGCAGUGCUUCUGUGCCUGUUUGGCUUUCCCAGUGUUAAUGCAAUCAUUGCGUGAGAGAGACGGGGGCUUUUCUUAUGGGGCGCCAUACUGAAGCCUGGACUGGUUGAGUGCUGUGGACCAGACCCCCCCCUCGGCUACAAAGGAGUUGUGCAGCUCACAUGAGGAUGAAUCGGAGCGUCCCAGAGAUGUUUUGUUGUAAGAGAUGUGUUUUUAGCCUUGCUGUUUCAUGUUGUAAGUAAGAAGUGGGGGAGAGAUCUAUUUUCGGAGCCGCGCCGCCAUUACUUCUUCGACAUGAGUCCAAUCCAUGCAUCAGUCUAAAGUUCUACGGUUAAUGUUUAUUUAUUACGGGGCUGCUAUUUUCAUGAAAGGAACAAUGUCACAAAAAAACUAUUUAAAAAACAAAUAGCCUUUUUUUUUGUUUAUCAGUGUUUAAAAUAGUCUGUACACACAAUUGGCAGUGUAUUACAUUAACCAGUUGAAUAUGUAGGCAAUAAUAAAGAAACUCUGACAUACGUCUAACACUAAACAGGCAGUUUUAAAAUGGAAUUGUUUAUCCGCAUCAGUCAAGAUCCAGUUUGAAUGUACAUUUUGUAUAGUGUAAAGUAUUAAGAACAUAGCAAAGUUUGUACAGGUGAACACCAAGUCUACGGACAGGAAAUCUGAACGUGAAUCUGCGGUAGACUAUUUUUUUUUUUUAACAAACUUCCAAUCCAAUUGCUAGUUUCUUUGUCUCCAAAAUGGAACGUUUAUUGUCAUACUCGUGUCUUCUUGUACAUGUGUUUUUGGGGUGGGGGGAAAAAAGCUGUGAAAUCGUUCAUACCUACUUUGUAACCAAAGAUGCAAAGCUGUAAUUCGAUUUAUUAUUUUGUAAUGUGCACUUCUGUAUAUUUUUUUUCUCUCACUUUCACAACAAAAUGUUUUUGUUGCUGUUUAGCAUGUUCUGCAUGAUCUGUAAUUUUCAAACCACUUUCUUACCUCAUAUUUUUAUUCAGCACUCUUAUUGUAAGAUAGUAGUCUGUGAACAAUGUAAAUGGGGGAAAAAGACAUGGAGACAAAGAGCUAGGGUUUUGGUAGAGCGAUACAAACAAGUGUUAAGUACACUAGCUACAGAAAAUGAAGUGAGCCAUGUUUUGUUCAUUUAAAUGGUGUUUGAAUUUCAUAUGCCAAUAGUUUUGUUACAUUGCAAAUUUAAUGUAUUUAAAUAAAUGCAAUAUUCAGAUUC